AUGUGGAGACCCCAAGCUUUGUGUUUCACUUCAUGGAUCACAGACACUGGAAUUCUGUGUUUAACAUUCUUCCAGUUAGCAGACUCUGAGCCCGCCUGUGAGCUUGUUGAGAGGUGUGUCGGGCAGAGUGAUGAAAACUUUAGCAUCUGGUAUGUGUGGUUCCUGCUGCUGUUUUUCCUGGCCUUGCUCCUGUCCUGUGGAAUCCUCUUCUGCUUCCAGUGUUGGCUGAAGCAACGGAGCUGCCUUUCCCACCAGCGGACCCUGGCUGUGUUUGCACUCAGCAGCUCUGAUGCCUUUUGCGUGAGUGAAGCACCUCAGUGUCCAUUUUCUGGAUCUCCGAGCUCCUGCAUGAAUGCAGAGGUGUCUUCUUCUCCUGCCCCAUGUUUCAGCCUUGGGGAAGCUGAGUUGCCUCCAUGCUAUGAAGACAUUAUGAAGGGAAACAAACUCUAAGUGCCGCAUGCUGGUUUACUGGAAUUCUACUUGCUUUGUUGGAGAUCUUCCAUUACACUACAGUAGUGUGAGAGCAAAAUCAGACCUUUUCUCAAGUUGGGCAAGAGAAUACCCAUAUUUCAUUUUAAAUUAAAAGG